AUAUCGUUGAGUAACGAGAAGCUGCCUUCAUUUUCAGAGCUUCAAGCUUCCUGCCUCCCCCGCUGUGUGUUUUAUCAGUGGACCAUCCCGAGGUGGAGGUUUAGAGGGGGUGCUCAGCCGAGGAGAGAGGGAGAACAGCAUUUUGAAACCCAGCUGAUCAGAGCUGUGGUAUUCUGCCACCGAGGCAGAGGCAGAAGGAGCGUGACUGCAAAAAGAAAAGAGAAGAGAAGGCACCUGAAGAAUUGGGGAUUUUAAGACGGAGGUUUUACAGAUAGAAGAGUGGGAAUAUAAAUGAUUCUUCCUCUCAUGGGAAUCUGGGAACUCGCCUGAAGAGAAGCUCUGUGGGAAGAUGUGAGAGCCAUUGGCAGGGUGGAAAUCUUGAGGACAGAAACAAACAGAAAGGCUUUUAGUCGGGCCCUGGAAAACAGUUCAGGGAGUUCUUUGAGUCGACUGAGGGUUGAAGAGCCCCUCUGGAAAGAGGAGUGAUGUCUUGGCUGUCACCCGUGUCAUGGGCCAAAUGGACGUGGACGGCGGUGCGAGGGGGAGAGGGAGAGGAGGAUGAAGAGGGGCAUGAUGCCAGCGAGGAGAGGCAGCAACUUGGAGAGGAAGAGGAGGAGGAGAGAUCUCAAAGCUACAGCUCUGACUCAGAGGGUCAUUUUGAAACUCCUGAAGCAGCAACUCCUGUCCACGCUCCUUCAACCUUCCCCGAAGAGCUGGAGAACAACAACACUGAUGCAGACAAAGCAGAUGUGGAUCAGGAGGAGGAGCUGAUAGUGACUGCUCCUGUGUUGGAUCAGGAUUUCUGGCUCAGACACAACAUGGGUCAGGAUGAGCCUGUGGUGCCCAUGGGUGGCCCACUGGAAGUAGACUAUGAGACACUGCCUGCACGGCAGACAGAGAAUCUCCCAGAGGCCUUGGGCUCUGCCCCUGCUCCAUCAUUAGUGAAUGAAGAGCCUGAAGUGCCUGAAUGCACAGCUGCAUCCUCUGAGCUAUUCCAAAUCCCAGCGCCUGUCCUAGUUACCGAUCCUGUCCCGGAUACGGCUCCAGCUCCAGCUCAGGAUUCAGCUCUAGAUCCAGCUUUGGAACCAGCUCUAGAUCCAGUUCCAGCUUUAGAUUCAGCUCUAGAUCCAGCUUUGGAACCAGCUCUAGAUCCAGCUCCAGCUCUAGAUCUUGCUCUAGAUCCAGUUCCAGCUCUAGAUCCAGCUCAAGAUCCAGCUCUAGAUCCAGCUCUAAAUCUAGCUCCAGCUCUAGAUCUAGUUCCAGCUUUGGAUCCAUCUCUAGAUCCAGCUCCAGCUCUAGAUCCAGCUAUCGCGCGAAAUCCAGCUCCUGCUCCAGUUCAGUCUCCUGAACCUACUCCUCUUCCUGUUUCUGUUCCUGCUCGUACGCCAGAACCAGAACCAUUCCAUUGCAGUGAACCUGCAGCCAGUCCAGCUCCAGAGCCCCCUGAGCAGAAAGUUCUGGCUGACCCAGAACCACAGUGCAAUGGCCUUGACCAGACAGAGCCCCCUCCAAAGACUAAAAACAGGAAGUCUAAGCCUCCAUCACUGAAGGUGAAGGCCUCAAUGGAUGAACCUCCCCAAACAAAUGAGGAACAGGAACUUCCUCUUCCCAAGGCCACUUACAAAUUUGACCCUGACCAGCUGGAUGAUGGCUUUAACCCUUUCACCUGCGGCGGAUCCAAAAUCCAGAACUCUCCCCCACCGUUUGGUUCCAGCUCUUUUCCCAGACUUGAUCCAAUCGGUUGCUCCUCGCAAGUACGUGAAGACAGCUCAGCACCUCCAGUAGAAGCCGAGUCAUCAUUGCCGUCAUCGUCAGAGGCAAAGUCCGUAAUGCUCGAGUUCGGUUUGGAUGAGGGGGCAGUCAGCAAGCCACCUCCAAGGAAAUUAGGAGGUAAAAAGACAAAUAGCAAACUGGCAGCAAGGAAGAAGGCCAAAGCGUCAGAGGUUUCCUCUAAACCAGCACCAGAACCCAUUAUCACAGAACCAGUUUCUCAACCAGCACCAGAACGCAUUAUCACAGAACCAGUUUCUCAACCAGCACCAGAACGCAUUAUCACAGAACCAGUUUCUCAACCAGCACCAAAAUCCAUUAUCACAGAACCAGUUUCUCUACCAGUGUCAGAACCAGUUUCUGAACCUCUUCCAGAAACUGCUUUGCCAUUAUCAGACUCAACUGCACCUCUUAAUGUUGACGAUAUUCCUAUUCCUAAAUCAGGAGCGUAUAACUUCGAUCCCAAUCAGUGGGACGACCCAAACUUCAAUCCAUUUGGUAGCAGCAGUACAGUGUGCGGCUCUCCAGUUCUCCCUAAGAGCUCCUACAGUUUUGAUCCAGACAAUUUUGACGACUCUGUGGACCCUUUUAAGUCCUCCAAGACUAUUACCAACGAGGACUCAUCCAGCAGUGCCCCUCAGCCGGAGAAAAAAGUGAAAGAAGUGGGCAAACCUAAAGCAGUGCAAGCAGCGGGAGAGAAGAAAGCGAGGCAGAUGCCUAAGAAAAGCAAAGAGAGGACAAUCGCCCCGGGGGCAUCUGAGCAAGUCAAGUUUCUCUGUUCUCUGUUGAACUCCUGUAAAGUUCAGAAAUAUGAUGAGAGCCAGUCCUUGGUGCUUGAUGUGUGCGAUCAGGUAACGAGGGAGGAUGAGGUGGUGGCCUCGACCCCAGAGAUCACUCAGCGAGUUCAUCACGCCACUGAUGAGGAGAAGCUCGCCUGCACUGGCAUUUUGGGCCAGACAGCAGACAUCCAGGAGGAGCGAGGAGAAACCCAAUGCAACAAAGCACCUGCGAAAAAACAGACAGUCGAUAAAUCAAUCGAGGAUAAAUCUCUUAAGGAUGCUCCUGAGACAAAGAUUGCCAGUCACCCUGAGGAGAAAGAAAUCUGCUGUCUGAAAGAGGAUAUAAGUGAGAUAUCCAUGAAACUCUCCACAAAGAUGACCAGCAGUGAGGGCUCAGAUGCUGCAGCCCUGUGCCAGGACCACAUGGCUCUAAGUGAGAUGGACAAGGCCGCAGUGCUAACCCUGAUCAGAGAAGAGAUCAUCUCUAAGGAGAUUGAGGUCAGUGAGUGGAAGAAGAAGUACGAGGACAGCAGAUUGGAGGUUUUGGAGAUGAGGAACAUAGUUGCAGAGUAUGAGAAAACAGUCGCACAGAUGAUUGAGGAUGAGCAGAACCAGAAGACUCUGUCCUGCAGUAAGUCUGUUAGACAGUUGACCUUGGAGAGGGACCAGGCGAUAGCCGACCUCAACUCUGUGGAGCGCUCCUUCGCUGACCUCUUCAGGAGGUACGAGAACAUGAAGGGAGUCCUGGAGGGCUUUAAGAAGAAUGAGGAGGUCCUGAAGAAGUGUGCGCAGGACUACCUGAUGCGGAUCAAGCAGGAGGAGCAGCGAUACCAAACCCUCAAGGUGCACGCUGAGGAGAAACUGGACAAGGCUAACGAGGACAUAGCACAGGUACGUGCCAAGGCCAACGCAGAGGGUGUCGCACUAAGCGCCAGCCUGAGGAUGGAGCAGAUGAAGGCGGAGUCACUAGAAAGAGCCGUCCUUCAAAAGAAUCAAGAGAUUGAGGAGCUCACCAAGAUCUGCGACGAACUGAUCGCCAAACUGGGAACAGAAUAAGUGGCCUUAACUCAAACGCAACAUUAAUGUAAAUACUGUACAUGAUCACACAUAAGCACACUUUUCUUUUUUCCUGCUCAUUUGUAUUUGAAAAAUACAUUUGAAAUCCAGAACGGUUGCUCUUUUCAAACAAGAAUAUGAAACCAGAGAAAUAAUCUAGUGUUCAUCAUGUCAUUGCAGCAUAAGAAGCACAAAGUCAAUAUGAGGUGAAUCUACUUAUUCUAAAGGAGAUGUUCUGAUAUUUGGUGAAAGAUUUACAGUGAAGACUUAUUUUAUUCUUCAAGUAUUCAGCAGUUUUUUAACUGUUCUACCCAUGCUUUGGAAUGUAUUUGCAUUUGUUCUUUACAAAGAAUUUCCUUGACCGUUUGAAACAGCUAGCUACAUACAAAUCUGUAGGAACUAAGUGAAAUACGUGUGGGUACACAGCACACAUUACCUUUAGCACAGUGUGUCUACAGUGUAUUUAACUAUGUUCAUGAUACAGUUUUCAGAAAAGACACAUCUCUCUAUUGAGAGCGUAAACUGAUCUUAGUAUACUGACCCUGUAGAUAAUAUUUGCUGCCAUUUAUUUUGGUUAUCUACUUUAAUCAUCAAAUAAACUGUAGUAUUAUUGCUCAGACACUUCAUGCCAAGGAGUUUUCAGUGUUUUACACAGUAAGACAUACAAUGUGUGAUUAAAAACCUCAGUUUUGCAGAGUUUGAAGUAAAGCCGAUUUUUGCCAUCAUGUUCAUUAUGCCUACCAUAAAUCUCUGGGAUUGAAUAUAUUAAGAGCACUUAAGAGAAUCUAUAAUUGUGAUAAUAUCGAAUUCAUUUGAUGAUAGUUUGGCAAUGGUGGGUGGAAAUGAAAGCUUAGUUUAAACCACUUUUAUAAUACUCUUAUACUUAACCAUGUGCCAUGUUCAUUUUCUUGCUCUGCAUUUGAAUGAUAGUUACACAUUGUGUUGUUGCCAUGUAGAUAUCUUUGGACUGUAUUCAUAUUUUAUGUGAGCGCAAAUGUUGCUUGUGUGCCUUUACUUUAACUUUUUGGUGAAAAACAACAGUUCAUUCAUGUGGUGGUUUCCAAACUGUUGUCAAAGUGUACUGUAUACAGUAUGUAUAUUUUAUGAUCAAAACACCCUGAACAACAGUACUGGUUUUGCAGUAAAAGGGGAGGUGUGUGUAUUUUUGGUCAGGUGUGUUUCAUAUAUAAUGGAUAGCCUUGUUUCACGUCAGCACAAUCAAUCGCCAAUGUCUUGUGAAAUGACCUUCAGUGUGACUCUGUGUCCUAUUGUAGUGGCUUCACUUUAGUCUGAGGGUGUGUUUUGAUGCAAGUCCAUUGUUACAGUACAAUAUAUGUAUAUUUUAUACUUUAAGAACAGAAUAUUGUUCCUAAUAUUUGUAAAAUUGAAGAAUUAAGUAUACCCAGAUUGUAUGUUAUUUGCUAUAUUUUGUGCAUUCCUGAAUAAAUGUUUAAGAUUUCAUAUA